CGUCGCGGUGUGAAGGAGGUCCAGAAGUUCAUCAACAAGGGCGAGAAGGGGAUCACGGGGCUGGCCGGCGACACGCUGCCUAUCGAUGUGUACUGCCACAUCCCCAUCAUGUGCGAGGACAGGAGUCUCCCCUAUGCAUACGUUCCUUCCAAAUCG